ACCUCACAUAACCGAACCUAGCAGGUUACUGAUAACUGAGCACACAUCCGAGGUCAGUUUUAACUUUUAAAAGGGCCAGGCCACAUUGUUCAGUUAGAGCUACACGAUCAACACUCGGUGCUCUUCGUCUUCAAGAUCGAGCUAGGUUCGCUUCUUAUUGCAGAUCGGGGACAAGAUGGCAUUGCCCGCCAUGGUUGGGUCAGUGCUCCUGCUGCUGCUCUGCGCAACCUGCAGAUUGGCGCUCGGAAUCACGGACGGUCUGCUGCCGAACGGCAACUUCGAGCGCGGGCCGCGGGCGUCGGAGCUGCGGGGGACGCAGGUGGUGGGCACGUCGUCGAUCCCGUCGUGGCGGACGUCGGGGUUCGUGGAGUACAUCCCGUCGGGGCGGAAGCAGGGGGGCAUGGUGCUGGUGGUGCCGGAGGGCGCCUACGCCGUGAGGCUGGGCAACGAGGCCUUCAUCGCGCAGCGCCUCCGCGGCGCGGUCCCCGGCGCGCGCUACUCGCUGACCUUCAGCGCGGCGCGGACGUGCGCGCAGGCGGAGGUACUCAACGUGUCCGCGUCCGGCCAGUCCGGGGUGCUCCCCAUGCAGACCAUGUACAGCAGCAACGGCUGGGACUCGUACGCCUGGGCCUGGGUCGCCAGCGCCGACGAGGUCGAGGUCGUCAUCCACAACCCCGGCGUCACCGAGGACCCCGCCUGCGGCCCCCUCAUCGACUCCGUCGCCAUCAAGACGCUCACGUCCCCUCGCCGCACCAACAAGAACCUGGUGAAGAACGGUGAUUUCGAGGAGGGGCCAUACAUCAUCCCGGGGACAACCAAGUGGGGCGUGCUGAUCCCGUCGCGGAUGGUGGACGAACACUCGCCGCUGCCGGGGUGGAUGGUGGAGUCGCUCAAGGCCGUCAAGUACAUCGACAGCGACCACUUCGCGGUGCCGCGGGGCCGUCGGGCCGUGGAGCUGCUGGCGGGCAGGGAGAGCGCCAUCGCGCAGGUGAUCCGCACCAUGCCGGGGAAGCAGUACGCGCUGUCCUUCAGCGUGGGGGACGCCAGCAACGCCUGCCACGGGUCGCUCAUGGUGGAGGCCUACGCCGGCAGGGAGUCAGCCAAGGUGGCGUACGAUUCGGCGGGGAAGGGCGGCGCCGCCAAGCGCGCCGUGCUCCCGUUCCGCGCCGCGUCGUCGCGCACGCGCGUCCUGUUCUUCAGCUCCUUCUACAGCACCAGGAGCGACGACAUGAGCUCGCUCUGCGGGCCGGUGAUCGACGACGUCGCUGUCGUCAGCGUGCGUGCGCGUGUGCCGAAGCGCGCAUAGAAGCAGAAGGUUAGCUACCUGACCGGGCGAUCGAUCGAGAGCGUGCGCUCGGCACGCACGGCGUUUCUGUGGCAUGCGUGUGUGUGCAAGACAGAAAUAAAUGUACCUUGCUGUUACUGCCUUGCUUAGAUAAUGUCUCACAACGACACUACCUGAACUCAAGAUUAGUUGGACAAAUAUCUCCUUUCCGCUCAUGCUACAGUACUUUAGAGAGUUCUCGAGAGCGCCGGUUCGAUCUGAAGCGAAACUCAUCGUCGCUGCUGGUCAAGGGAGGCGGAAGAGAGAUGCCGGCGCAACUAGUGUUUAUACUAGGUGUAGCUUUAGGCUGUUUGACAAUUCUUGGCGUGAUGCCGGGAGGUUGCUGUUGGGUUCUCUUGGCCAGUACCGGCGGUUGCUGAGCUGCCGUCGCUGUUCUUCUCGGGACGGUGUUGUGCGAGGCCAUCAGCUCCUCUUUCAAUAAAGCCUCUGCCAGGCUGAGCUCUAACAGAACCUGAGUUAUAGAUAUAACUCCACAUGGCAAGGCGCAGCAUCACUCCCGGCCAUUUCGAAAGGUGUUAUAGAUAUAUUCCGGUGGUGGCAAGGGAGGAGUGGAUUGCAGUGAAAGGUGUUAUAGAUAUAUUUGGUAUUCUUUCAAGAAAAGUGUGGCAAAUCAUAAAAUAUCCCGCCGUAGGGCCCAUUGUCGGUGUAUGUGCCUCCAUUUGGGCCUGGCCCGGUUCUGCGCAUGGUUGGUUGCCGCGUGUUCUGCUCGGGCCUGGUUUAUCUUCGUCGGCGUGGGUGGGGUUUGACCGACCGUGUUCGUUGCCUCUUCGCGUGCAAGAUUUCUCCUGGAUUCCGGCCGAUUCUCCGCUGCUGGUCUCGAUUCCAGCCGGACUUUGCUCUUCGAUCCCGUUUCCUUUCUUUUUCCUGACCAAUCUUGCCUACUCCCGUGUUAAUCGCAUUUUUUUCCGCGAUUUAGGUCUCGACCUUCGCGUGUUCGUUCGGCUGGCGCGGACGGCUGGUUUCCCUCAGAGCUCAGGUACGUACCUUCGUUUUUCUUGAGCUUUUCCUCUUGCUUUUUUGGAUGGUUUAUUAUAUGCCUGCUGCUCUCUCUUCUUUGUAAUAAGAUUUUUUCCCCUCUCUGAGAUGCUGCUACGUUUUAGUACCUGAGAUGAGAUCCGUUGAAUCGUAGUACAGGGGCGGAGCUACGCCCUUACGUACUGAAUUUUGGAAUUGGCCCCGGGUUACGGUUCAGUAGUUGGAAACGAGUCAGUAGGCAUCCACAUCGAGCGGGCAAAGAGGCUCCGACCCCUUCGUCUCUGCGGCUGGACGCGUGCGCCGCAACGCACCUCUCCACUCUAUCGUACUCGGCCGGCCAGCUUGCCGCACCGGUCGGCACACUCCCCGGAAGCUGGCCCGCCCUCUCAGGACUGUGUCCUCCUCUACAGCAGCUAGGCGGUUUCUAUUCAUCCCACAUUUUCAAGUUUCAGUUUAGUUGAUUUAUGUGACUGUCCAGAAGUAAGCUGAUUCAUUUUGCCAUCUAUUUCAUGCUUUAGGAAUUAAAAAGAUUUAGAGAUUUAGACAUGAAAGUGACAAACAUGGAUGUUACAAUUUUUUGCUAUCGAAUUCAAAUACAACACAUGGAUGAUGCAAAAAAAAAUCUAUGGGCUUCAUGUUUCUUCUCAUCUCUUUGCAUUUUUUUUGGACCAUCAGCAAUUGAGUUGAAAUUAAAUCUUUACAACCGUACAAGAUUUGUGUACAAUUACAUGAGGUUCUCAAAGUAACUUUUUUUUGCUCUUAGUUUUUGGCCCGGGGUUUGCUCCGAUCCUAGCUCCGCCACUCGUAGUACCUCAUGCCAUCAUUGAAGCGAGAAAGGCCUGAUUAAGUUGCCCCUGAAUUUGCCUGUAAGAACGUGUCCUAUAGCUGAAUUUAUUAGCAGUGUUUGUUGUUGUGUCAGGCUGCUUUACUGUUGCCGAUAUGCAUGUGUCUUCUUAGAAAACCUGCAAGCUGAAAUAAACAUCAUAUAUGGUAGUACUGCUGAUAGGAGAAAUUUGCAAUAUUUGCCAGACCGCUAGCAUAUUUAGUAAACUGGCUUGCUAAAGUGGAUAAUCAAACAUGAACUUCUAAGCGGCAUCUGUAUUGAUGUGGUUGUCUGCACUGACUGCUCCGCCGGUAUUAAUAUUUAUGUGGCUCUCUGCCUGAUGUCAUGUAUAUGUUUUUCUCUGUAUGAAGUUGUUGACCGGCUUGGUUGGAUUUGUGUGCUGAUCUGCCUGUGUUUUCACCCCUAAUAUAAUCCAUGCCAGAUUCGUGUUUUUAUUGUUCAUCUGCUACAUUCUAAUCUGUACUAAUACAGUGCAUGUGGGGUAGAGGUGUUGUGCGUUUUAGUUGAAGUGACUGAAAUCGAGUCUACCUGUCAGCUAAUGUGUGCUUUUAUGAAAAUAAAUAUACUACUUUUCGUUCUGGUGAAUCUGGUGAUUAUGGUUUUGCUAUGCUUACCUGGAGAGGUAGGAAUCUGGUUUAGAUUCAGAUUCGUGUCCUCAUUGUUGGUCUGUUAUUUUUAAAGCUGCAUGUUAUUUCAGUGCUAAUACAGUGCAUGCGGUGUGUGUUUUAGUUGAAUUGGUUGAAGUGGAUGCUACGGUUUGCUAGCUAAUGUGUGUUUUAUGAAAAAUAGGUAUGAUAGGUUUCGUUUCGCUGAAUUUCUGUUGUGGCCGGGUGAUUACGAUUUUGUGGCCGGGUUUGUAGUGCAUGUUUUUGUAGUAGUUUUAGAGUUCUGAAUUUGAUUCAGGUUUGGUGGUAUCCGAGGGUAGACGAUGUUUGCUGCUUUUGGUUCUGGUCAUGAUGUCGUUUUCUUCUUAUUUAUUUGGGUGGUGAUGUGGUUGUGUAAGUUUAGUUAAAAAGGUGGGUUGGUAAUUGGAGUGCAUGUUACAGAUGGUGGUUGUAGAAUUUGUUGUUUCUCUCUUUGCUGGUUAGGAGAGGAAUUGGAUUUAGGCAUGUCCUUUUGGGUUGGUUGAUGGUGGGUUAGUGUUUUUUUUUUUUAGUUUCUCGGGGCUAGCUAUUUUGCUGUACGCAAUGGGCGUCGGGGUAUGUUUCGUGUGCUGUUCUUUUUCUAUUUUCUUUUGGCUCUGUCUUAAUCAGUUUGUGUUCUCCGUAGCGGAUUUGGGCGGUGGUACGGAGCGGCGUGUGGCUCCGCGGUUGGUUCCAUCUUCUGCAAACUCAGGUGCUCCGGGUAUUGUUUCUAGGUGUUCGCUGUGUAGGCGUCGGGGGGCUGUUCCUUUGGUUUCGCCUUCGCCGCAGUUUUUUGUUACUGUCCCUUCGUCCCGCCCUCCUGGUAUUAUUCUUUGAUUCUUUGGUCUUUCAUUUUAUUUGUCAUCUUUGUUUCUUAGGGUUCGGUGUUUGUUGUAGGGGAUCCUUUUUUCCCGUAUUUGUCCGUAGAGAUGGCGCGUGAGAACCGAAGGCGUCGUCGUGUUCAGAGGAGGCCUUAUCUUUUUGGUGAAUUCUGUGUUUUUCCUGUUUCCUUUUUCGUUUUGUUUUGGAUUUGGCUGCUAAGCAAGGUUCGGGAAAGCGGAAAAAAGCAUCGAUUAUGCGCGCUAAAGCGCAAUGCGGAGGCCUUCCGCAUCAAUUUCAUAAGCGCUUAAGCAGAAAAAAGAAAAAUAAAGAGGGGAAAAGCGCCGCUUAUGCACACUGAAGCGCUAACCGGAAGGCCACCGCACCGAUUACGCAUAACGCUUUCUUGAACCUUGCUGCUAAGCGUGCGCUGUAUAUGAAUUUUAGGUGUCCGGCCUCCCAUUUUGAUAAAUGGUCGUCCAGCUAGAAUAUCUCGAGAUUAUAUUGCGUAUCUGAAAGGUUUGUUUGUCACUAAUUGUUUUUGGUUUCUUUUAUUUUGGGAUGCUUUCUUUUUUGUGCCUGCUUUAUUGUGUUCGUUGUUCAUUGUCUUUUUUUGCAGCUUCUUUCGUGGGAGGUUGUAUCUCGGUAGUCCUGAAUAUACAUGAACUUAUUGCAAGGCUUUUUUUGGUAUAAUGAGCGGGCUACUCAGUUGAGUAAGUUCCAUAAAAGGAAGAUGUUUACUAAUCGUUGCAGCAAGGGUGGUAGGGUAUGGUUGGAACCGUAUAGGCAGUGGCCGGCUCCUCUUGAUCGGUUGAUUGGGUUUGGUGAUGGAGUUGGGUCGUCUCAGUUCAUGCGGUUGAUCAGGUCUUACAAUAGCAUGUUUGCCUUUUCUUCUCUGGGGGUGAAGGUUGAUGAUAGUAUAAAUACAGGGCGGGGUUCUUAUGUUUUUUGUAUUAAUGGCCUUCCUUUGCAUCGUAUUGGUUCUCUGGUUCCCGCGCCUAAUAAAUCGCCGAAGUUUGCUCAGCUGUAUAUUUAUGAUACUGAUAAUGAGAUUGAUUAUCGAAUGGCUGUAUUUGAUGGUGAGGGUGGAAGUGGGGCUGAGGGGGGUAGUGGUGCAGCUCCUGAUCGGGACAUUGUUGUUUCUCUUACUACUAUGCUUGAUAGUUGUAAUGCGUUGGUUAGACAGUUUAGAAUGAUCCGCUUUUCUCGGGAGCGGGUUGAGCUUGCUGGUGCGCCGUUUAGGCUUCGAAUUGUUCGUUCAUCUUUGGAUGAUCCGAUGGUUUAUAGUCCUCCUACCGCUCCUGAGUUAGCGGCUCUUAUCGUGGGUGAUCUUGAUGCUGAUAGGUGUAAGUUUGAUAUUGUUGUUGAGCUGGAGGAUGGUCGGUUGAAGCGGAUAUCUCCUUUGCAUCCUGCUUUGAUGUCUCUCCAAUAUCCUCUGCUUUUUCCUUAUGGCGACAAGGGUUUUUAUUUGGGAAUUAGUUAUAUGGUGCCUGAGGUCGCUUCGGCAGGGGGCAGGUCAGAAGUUAGUAUGCUGGAAUACUAUGCUUACCGAUGUUGUUAUAGGAAGGGUCAGAUCCAUAUCUUUGUUGUGGACGGCUUUCUCAGCAGGCAUGUGUUGAUGCUUUUGCAUGUGUUGAAUCGAAUAGGCUUUCUUUUAUCCUUAAAAAUCAGGACAAGUUGCGUAGUGAGACAUACUGAUGCUGUGGGGCUGGGGUUGGCCAGAGGCAGGAGUGUUGGUGUUAAGGUUGUUUUGCCUUCUGGUUUUGUUGGUUCUAAGCGGUAUAUGGCACAAAAUUAUCAGGAUGCGAUGGCUAUUUGCCGUUCUUAUGGAUAUUGUGAUUAUAAUCUUAUGACUUCCCGUGGCAUGAAAUUGUACUAGAGCUUCAGCAUCCGAGAAACUGCGAGCAUGAUCAGAAAUCUUCCAUCCAAAAUGUCACUAGGUUUAUAGUAUCAGCCAUGAUCAGUAAUUCUAAUUUUUCAUCCCAGUAAGUAAAUAAGUAUGUGGAUUUUGUUGCCUAAGAUAAUUACUAUUUUUCACUUCUCCUGCUUCCGUUGAUAAAAAGUACUGAUUAAAUAUCUAAUGCUUUGCUGAUUUAAUUGUCAACAAAGUUCCUUUUUAUAUUAUUGGAUUGGUUUGUGAGGUAUAUUCAUGUCUCGAAAAAUCAUUUUAUCUUCGGGUAUUGUGUAUUAUUUUUCUUUUAGAUCACAUGACAAAAGAGGAACACUUCCUUUUCUCUGGAGCUUCAGGGACUAAUAUCAAAGACUUGGACUGGCCGACUGGGAUGGAUUGGAAAAGAAAACCCAUCUAUAGUUAUAUGACUCCCUUUUCUUUUCCAGGAGAGGAAAGGUACUUUUAUGUACAUAUAUGUAAUAUAAAGAUGUAUGGACUGAAAGAGUUGUUCCAAACUGAAAGAUAGAUAAUCCACAAUAGUACAUGGUACGGUGAAAUCACUUUGGCAUAUGAGUUCAGCAUAAUUGAUGAGCUUUUACUUCUUUUACUUAA